AAGCCCCACAAUGCAUCGCGUACAGCACCGGAUAAGCAAAGAUGGCGGCAUUUCCGACAUGGUUGUAUUUGUGAACUGUUGUACUUUGUUCUGUAGUGCAACAACUACACUACAGCAAUAACACUCCUUUAAAACAAUCUCUUCAAGUUGAUUCCUGUUGCUUUUGUGAGGGUUGUUAAAGUGCGUCGGGGUGUGAAUCAGAUAAAUCUCGCGCCGGUCAGUUAACUGUCAGCUCGGACAUGAAGGAGGCUCUGACCCCGGUGCAGACGCUGAACGCACACCCGGACUCCCGGUGCUGGUUCGUCAGCUGGAGCCCGACCGGGACGCUGCUGGCCUCAUGCGGGGGCGACAAGGCCAUCCGGAUAUGGGGACGAGAGGGUGACUCUUGGAUAUGUAAGACUGUGCUUCAGGAUGGACACCAGCGCACUGUGAGGAGAGUGGCGUGGUCUCCCUGUGGGAAGUAUCUGGCCUCAGCCAGCUUCGAUGCAACCACAUGCAUCUGGAAAAAGAAGAACGAUGAUUUUGAGAGUUUGACUGUGUUGGAAGGACAUGAAAAUGAGGUCAAGAGUGUGGCGUGGGCCCCUUCAGGGAAUCUGCUGGCAACAUGUAGCCGAGACAAGAGUGUCUGGGUUUGGGAAGUGGAUGAAGAAGACGAGUACGAGUGUGUUACCGUCGUGAACUCUCACACACAAGACGUCAAGCAUAUUGUGUGGCACCCGAACCAGGAACUCCUGGCCUCAGCCAGCUACGACAACAACGUUUGUAUAUACAAGGAAGAGGAUGAUGACUGGGAGUGCAAGGCCACCUUGCAAGGACACACAUCCACAGUCUGGAGUUUGGCUUUUGAUGCAACUGGACAGCGGCUGGCCUCCUGCAGCGACGACCGCACCGUGAAGAUUUGGAAGGAGUCUCCAAAUGAAAGCGGACAGGGAGACGUGUCGUGGAAGUGUGUUUGCACUCUGUCUGGAUACCAUAGACGAACAGUGUAUGAUAUCUCCUGGUGUCGGCUGACGGGCGCCCUGGCCACUGCCUGCGGUGACGAUGCAGUGCGAGUGUUUAAGGAGGAUGAGACGGCCGAUCCGGAGCAGCCUGUGUUCUCGCUGGCUGCUCAGGUGACUAAAGCUCACAGCCAGGACGUCAACUGUGUCACCUGGAAUCCAAAGGAGGCCGGACUCCUCGCCUCCUGCAGCGAUGACGGAGACAUCACCAUCUGGAGGUUCCAAGAGGAAGACUGAACGCUGAUCAAACGCAACGGCUCUCGCAGAAAAAAAAAACAGUUAUUGCAAGCGACACGGGGAGCUGUGUGGUCACCACACGUAAUAAUGUUCAGUCAUCUUUCACGCGUUUGUGAACAGAUGCUUCAGCACAUCUUAUGCUUUGCGAGGCUACAUAUUUCUUUUACAGCUUAAUUAAAAAUGUAUUUCAUGAUGUUUCUAUAAAUGAAUAUAAAAACA